GACAACUAUUUGCAGUAAUAACAAAAGGAUUAUUUGGAAUGGCUGCUCGAAAGAGUAUUAGAAUCUAGACAUGGAGUCUAGAAUAGGACUUGAUUACAUCGUUGAAAACCCAGAGUACACAGCGAAACUAGCUACAGCUCUUGACACUAACAAUGUUACUGUGAAAAAGCAAGUAUUGGAGUUGCUGUCUGCAUUAUGUGUAUAUAAUUUAGAAGGCCAUGCCAGAGCACUUGAUACCCUUCAACAUUACAAGGACCAGAAAAAUGAAAGGUACAGAUUACAAAUCGUCGUUCGUGAAUUGCAAUGGGCUUUAUCCAAAGGCCAAGAAACAGCAGACUAUCAAACAGCUAUUGUGGCGUUUAUCAACUGCCUCAUUAUAUCAACGCCUCAGCUUCGAGACCGGAUAAGAAUCAGGAACGAAUUUAUUGGUCUCAAACUCCUUCCGRUAUUAAAUGAACUGAGGAAAGGAUCAAUACAUUAUGCAGAUCUUGGGGUACAAUUAGAUGUUUUUGACGAACAACGAGAAAAUGAUGAAUCACAAAUUCUAGAUGUACCUUUUCGCGGUGUCGAUAUAAACUCUCAUGUGGAUGUAUUUUACGCUAUUUUAAAACAGGUAGCAGACACGCCACAAGAAAUACCAUUCUUGAGCAUCCUCCAGCACCUGCUCAGGAUCGAUCCCAAAGAAGCCGUCAGCGAUAUCGUCUGGGAUACGGCUGAAACGUUGGUACACCGUUCGACGUUGCUCGAAAACCGACAGGACGCAUCGCGCCUGUUGCGCUCACCAAGCGUUCUCGGCCAAAGUCAGCCCAGGGAUGUGGGUUUGCGGGUGUGCUGUUGUGGGCGCAAGCCGUCGUUGGGCCCGUCGAACGUGACUUCACCCACGUCGGUCACACCUCCACCGCCACCUCCUCCACCGCCACCACCUCCUCARCAGUCCUCCGAGAAUCCACCGCCACCACCACCACCUCCGCCACCGUUGAUGGGCGUACCGCCGCCACCGGUACCCCCAGCGCCUUUCUUUCCUCAAAAUCAGCAGCCUACCGCUGUCGAAUUAGCGCAACACACCGGAAAACGGUUCCUCGCGAUGGGCAACAGCGGUUCGGCCACCGCCGUGGACGCACCUCCACCUCCACCCACGGUAUCGGCGGUCGCUAAACUUUUACCUCAACAAGAAACCCCUACGCCUAAAGCCAAAAUGAAAACUAUUAAUUGGAACAAAAUCCCUGACAACAAAGUCGUUGGACGCCAUAAUAUUUGGUCACUUGUGGCCAGAAGCCAUCAAAAUUCACCCAUGCCAGAUCUUGAUUGGUCAGAAAUGGAAGGUUUGUUUUGUCAACAAGCCCCUACAGCACCAACUAAUCAAAGUGGAGUGUUGAACUUCAGAUUAGGCCAAGAUAUUACUGAAUGUGACAGAAAACGAAAAGAACCAACAGAAAUUGUUUUAUUAGAUGGAAAACGAAGUUUAAACGUUAAUAUAUUUUUGAAACAAUUCCGUAGUUCAAAUGAAGAUAUCAUACAAUUGAUACGUGAUGGUGAUCAUGAUGAUAUAGGGGCAGAAAAACUGCGUGGCUUAUUAAAAAUCUUACCAGAAUUAGAUGAAUUAGAAAUGCUUAGGGCUUUUGAAGGAGAUAAGACCAAAUUGGGAAAUGCCGAGAAAUUUUUGUUACAACUAAUUGACAUUCCCAAUUACAAGUUACGCAUUGAAAGUAUGUUAUUAAAAGAGGAAUUCGCGUCAAAUAUGAGUUACCUCGAGCCAAGCAUUAAUUCAAUGAUUGUCGCUGGUGAAGAUUUAAUGACGAACAAACGAUUCCAAGAAGUACUCUAUAUGGUGAUUUGUGCUGGGAAUUUUUUGAAUUUUGGUGGCUAUGCAGGAAAAGCUGCUGGGGUGAAAUUAAGUUCCUUACAAAAACUCACUGAUAUAAGAGCUAAUAAACCUGGUAUGAAUCUUAUCCAUUAUGUAGCACUGCAAGCAGAAAAAAAUAGAAAAGAUUUACUUAAAUUUCCUGAGGAGAUGUCUGUAUUAGAAGAAGCUACCAAGACUACUGUAGAACAGUUGCAAAAUGAAAUAAAUGCUUUAGAUUCAAGGUUCAAAGUUGUGCGAAAACAAAUUGAAUUUCCCAAUACUGAACAAGAUAUUAAAAAUCAAAUGAUAGAAUUUUUAAAGGUUGCUGAAAGACAAGUUGGAGGCUUACAAAGUGAUAUAGCUGAGUUGGAAUCCAUGAGAAAAACGUUGGCCGAUUUCUUUUGCGAGGAUAUCAACACAUUCAAAUUAGAAGAAUGUUUCCGAAUUGUUCAUAGUUUUUGUAUGAAAUUUAGAUUAGCAGUGGCUGAAAACGAACGGAGAAAAGUACAAGAAGAACAAGCUUUAGUUCGAAGAAAACUGAGAGAAGAACAGUUAGCUGUGAAAAAACGUUUAUUGACCAAUGAUCUACAAGGCAAUGGCUCUGAUGUUGAAAGUAAUUUAGUUGAUUCAAUUUUAUAUGAUAUUCGUUCAGGAUUUCCUCAUAAAAAGAGUUUUGAUAAGGGUAAAAGACCACAUAAUGCGACAAUUGUGGCUUCAGAAGAUGAUAAUGUAUCAAUAUCUGGUUCACCGGCUGUGAUUAGACGAAGACUUGGCGUUGUUGAUAAUCCUAAUAAAGAAGAUAAUCUAUCCCCAGAUAUUACCCCAAAUGGAAGUUUGCGUCGUAGAAGAAGUAGAGUGCCAUCAGAAGAAGAUGAAGUAACAUUAAUGGAUUUUUUACGAACAUCUAAUCAAGAUGCUCCGCCUGUGUCAAAUAUUCAAAGAAAAUCAUGGGGUAGUUUAGACCGUUCGUGGGCAAGGAGAUUCAGAGGUAGUGGUAAAAAAAGACCUGACUUAUUAAGUGCUGAUUUCAGCGCUGAUAGAGAGCGAGCAAAUUCACCAUCACCCGUUGUUGAAACAAAGUCAAUUGUAUCUACUGCAGCAUCAACUCCUGAAGAAGAAUCUAAGCCAAAAGCAUGGAGACAAAAGAUUGAAGCAUGGCUGCAAGAGAAUGAAAAAGAAGAUAAAGAUUCUGACGAUUUACGGCGAAAGACUCAACGAAUACAAAAUAAUAGACGAUCAUUAGAAAAUGACUCUGAGAGUGAUGGUCGUAGUAGCAUUUUGGAUACAUUACCUGAAGGAAAAUUAGCUGAUGCUAACAAAGAUGGAUAUAAAAGAGUAUAUGCUGAUUGGAGACCUACUAUUGAUAAAACUGAUGUUGUUGGUGUUAUGGAAGCAAUUGCUGCUCAACCUCCGGUCAAAGAUAAAUCUCAAUGGCGUAAAUCUAACUUAAAUGUACCAAAUACAUCAGAAGAAACUGAUACUAAUCUGAAACGAAGUAAAAAACCAACCUCUCUAACUAAUUUUGAUAAUCAUAGCAAACCCUUACACGCUAUCAAAGAAGAAGACAGGAGAAAGGGUUUUAUUGAAAAAUUAGGACAAAAUGUAUCAAAUCAAGAUCGUUUAACAGUUUAUAUUCGAGGAACAGAUCAGCCUGGAAUAAAAUCUAAUAUAAGAAGUCCUUCCUUAUUAAGAAAACAAUUACCCUGUCCGGAUUCACCAGAAGAAAAAUUAUUACCACCAUUUGCCCCCAGACGGAAAACUUCAGAUUCUACUAAUCCAGGGGAUGUAACUGAUAAAAUUGACAUUGAUUCAGAUAAUAUAGAAACACCUCCAACAUCUCGUAGACAAAUUGUAAAACCCCAGUCAAUUCCAUUAAAAAUUCAAACUGUUGAAGAAGAAAAUCUAGGAGAUGGUCAAUUUGAUAGAUUUUCAGCAGCUAGGCGUACCCGGAGAUAUAGAAAAACUCCAGAAGAUGAUUUAGGACGAAAAUUAGAAGGAUAUGAAUCACCAAAUGCCAACGAGGAAACAGAUGUUCGGUUGAAAAAGUGGAAAGAUAAACUAAUGUACAAAACAUCUGAUGAUGAUAAUACGGACUUUUCUAGAAACCGACUAUACUCGUCUAUGCCUAGGACAACCAGAAACCAAAGUGUUGUAGAUCAUGGUGAUAUUAUGAAAGCUGUGAAAAUUUAUGGACAGCUUACCCCUGAAAAAAGUGUUAUCGAACCAAAAGCUCUGGACAGAGUAACUAAGAUAAAUCUUCACGAUAAUGAUGAAUCAUCAAUAAAUUUGAAAAGUGAGUUCAUACCAGAGAUCAGAGUGCAAGCUUUAACACCACCUAUAAAAACUAGAACUGAACAUGACUUAAAUGAUGAAGGUUUUGAAGAAUCUGUAAGUUUGAUGUCAGCUGAGUCACUAAGUCAGGAGACUUCUUCAGGUAAUUUUGAAACCGAAAAACCAACACCAAAGACGAUAACUAGAGCUGACAGUAGUGGAAGUAAUGAUACUAAUAGCAGUAAUGGGCCCGCUGCGCCUAAUCUAAGAAAGACAAAUUCGCUCAAGUCAUCUAUUAAACCUAUAGUAAUAAGAAAAACUGAGUUGCCAAAACGAACAAGUAGUUUCAAAACUCCACUAACUGUUCAGAAACCAGUGGUAAAAGUUAUUCCAUCGAUUAAGCCUGUAAUAAAACCAACAGCUGCCAAAAAGCCAAUUAUAGCUAGAACCACAAGUGCACCAAAACCUGUUGAAAGAUCAAGUUCUAAAAGUAGCUUGCGUAGUUCUAGGAGUUCGCUAAAUAGCUCAAACUCUGUCAGCACAGUCAAAAAGAUACCUGGUAUUGCAACCUAUACACGUGCUAUCAAUGACUUGACAACAGAUUUGAAAUCCAAAAAACCACUGAAUGCAUUGCAACUUCACAACCGUGAUACACCUAUGGCUAGCAGAAGUAGUAGCAGUGGCAGUAGCAUUGCAAUUCCUGUUAACAAACCAAAGCCAAAACCAUUGAGCACUAGCUUCAAAGAAAACCAAGGCAGAUCCGGUAUGACGGGAAUGUCACCAUCCAGAAAAUCAUUGGGAUUCAUGAGACCGACUGCUGCUAGUACCGCAAAAGACUUGGUUGACAGCGGCAAACCAAUGCCUCUAGUCAAAAAAAAUUUUAAGUAAAUAUUUUAAAUAUGAAUAAUAAUAUGUUUAAGUUGUCAAUUGUCACCACAUGAGAUACAAUACCUAAUAAACUUUUGACGGUAUAUUAGAUAUGCAUGUGGUAUUAAUAUACAUUUUGUACCUAUGCUCAUUACUGUUUUUGCAAUUAUUUGAUGCAACUUUUUUAUUAAAAAGUUUGAAUAACAGUGAUGCCUGUUAAUAGUCAAAUCAACAAAUUGCUUGGUUAAACACUUAAUUAGUUUGAGUCUUUGUGAUACAUUUACAGUAUUGAUUAUAAACAUAUAUUUACACAUUUAAUAGUAUGAAACUAUUGGCUCAAUAAAUAUAUUUAAAGACAGCCUGAAAAAAAUAAUGUUCUGAGAAUCUGAGAUAAAACUCUGAACAAAAAUAUUAAUUUCAAAUUUUGAAUAUAUGUUAACAUAAUUUCUACUAUACAUACAACUGUAAAACUAUUUAUUCAAUUUUGAUUAGAAAUUAAUUUUUAAAAAUAAA